AUGCCGUGCCAAUAUUAAACUCAGAGUUUAAGCCAUUAGGGUGCACACCACUGCAACAAAAGAAGGAUCGUUUAAAAGUUCAGUUAAAGGCCCGAAAAUCAAUCAAUCAGCAACUGGAAAGUAAGGGAGGUCCAGGUGAAGCCGGCGAUUUGAUGGAAUCAUUUUUUAUGGAUCUUAAAUAUGAUGGAUUAUAUCGCUCCUGGCCAUUUUUCACGACCAAAUUAGUAAUCGAUCAGAUCACGAUUCCAUUAGCAGAGGCUUCAAUCAUCCAUAUGAUCGCUUUGGAGAAACAUGUCGGACAAAUUGCGGAAAACUUCAAAUAUCGAAGUAAUCAAUUCACGCCAUCUGUACAGAUGUCCUUUGUGCGUAAACUUCCUGAUUCUCCACAAAAGCGUGUUAAUGACCCCACCUCUACGGAUUCAUCAUCCAGUAAGAAACGAAAGACAACCACUAAGGAUGAUGAAAACCCUAUGCUAAAAAAACUUAUCAAAGAGUUAAAAGAUAAUAGUACCAUUCCUGAUUUGACAUUUGCAUCUCAUAUAUCUUCAGAUAGUUAUACUUAUCUUUAUCGAGAAAUCGUUAAAGCAGAAGCUGAAAGUGACAUUAUAAGUCGAAAUGUUUUAAUCUGUUAUUUUCAGUUUGGGAAAAAGAUAUCGGAACGUUUGGAAUAUUAUAAAAAUGAAAGAAAAUAUCGAGAUCGUAUGGCUCAGAGUAAAGUAGAUAAAGAAGUUAAGGAGCAACUUCCUAAAGAGGUUAAAGAUAAUACACGUUCGAAGCAAUCAGAAAGAGCACGAAAGAUAUAUGAACUUUUCAUUGAAAUCGGUGUUGAUAAAAUACAACGAGUUAAAUCUUAUUCAGCAUUAACCAUUUCAAAAUUAAGUUGGGAGAAAAUCGAUUAUAUUAUUGAUAGUUUUAAAAAGUAG